GGAGACCAGAUAUAGUAAGUGCAGGGUCCGGGGAGAGCGGAUAUAGUGAAUGCAGGGUCCGGGGAGAGCGGAUAUAGUGAAUGCGUGGUCCGGGGAGAGCGGAUAUAGUGAAUGCGGGGUCCGAGGAGAGCGGAUAUAAUGAAUGCGGGGGUCCGGGGAGAGCGGAUAUAGUAAGUGCAGGGUCCGGGGAGAGCGGAUAUAGUGAAUGCAGGGUCCGGGCGGAUAGAGCGGAUAUAGUGAAUGCGGGGUCCGACAUUUUUGAAACUCGCUCCCCCCUCCCUUAUUAUUUUCUGUAUCCUAUAUAAUCUUAUUAAUGUCUAAUAAACUUUGAACAUCUCUGAACAUAAGCUGUCGUGAUUUCCGU